AAGAGGAAUGGUUUCAGUUGCUAAAUCCUAGUCAGAAUACGCCUAGUCAGGGGCUACGUUUAGCUGCUCUGCUGGUUCGGACUUGUAUUGUCAGAGAGACGGUGAGUUUGCGAGGAAGCAGGUCUGGCCGUAAUGCAUCUCGGGAGCUGUAGUCGAGACGGGCUGGCAAACCGUGGCGGCGGAGGCGGCUCAUACUUGGGACUUGCAGGGACGAGGCUACCUUUCUCAGACAACAGGUAGGCGCUGCCGCCGUACGCUUUCUCUCCCUCUCGCCGCGAGUGCCUCCCCUGACAGAUAACUGAAGAGAAAGUGAAUGAGAGCUUCUUAAAUUCUACAGUUAAGAAGUAUAAACUCUCUUAAGGUUGUUAAUGAAGGAUGGCUACUCCAUAUGUUCCUGUUCCAAUACCUAUAGGAAGUUCUACUAGUUUUACCACAAAUAGAAACCAAAGAAGAUCAUCUCUUGGGAGCAUUUCAACAUGUUCAAAUUCUUCAAAAGUGCAACUAGAGGACUCUUCUAACGGCAGUUUUAAAAAGAUGAGUGUCCCUGAUGCAAUUGGUGCCACUUCAUCUCCUUGUAAUAGCCCACUUGUUAGGACUAAAUUUAUAGGUACAAGCACAUCUAUGGAAUACUGCACACAACCUUCAGAAGAUACUGAACAAAAUAUGGACUCCGGGAGCUGGGAAGAUCGGCCUGCUACACCAACAAUACUAGGUUAUGAGGUGAUGGAAGAGAGGGCCAAAUUCACUGUUUACAAAAUCCUUGUAAAGAAAAAUCCAGAGGAAAACUGGGUAGUUUUCAGAAGGUAUACGGACUUCUCAAGGCUUAAUGAUAAGCUCAAAGAUAUGUUUCCUGGUUUUCGAUUGGCACUUCCACCCAAGCGCUGGUUCAAGGAUAAUUACAAUCCUGAUUUUCUGGAAGAUAGACAGCUGGGGCUCCAAGCAUUCUUACAGAACUUAGUAGCUCACAAAGACAUUGCCAACUGUCUUGCAGUGAGGGAGUUUCUUUGUUUGGAUGAUCCACCAGGACCAUUUGAUAGCCUCGAAGAGAGUAGGGCUUUCUGCGAGACACUAGAAGAAACAAACUACCGUCUGCAAAAGGAACUUGCUGAAAAACAAAAAGAGAUGGAAGCUCUGAAAAAAUUAUUAAAUGAAAAAGAAGUGUAUAUAGAUGCCAUGGAGAAAAGAAUUCAGGUUUUAAACUUAGGAAAAGUGAAGUCUCGUAAGUUGUCAGGACAAGAGAGUGAGUGCAGUGGAGAAGUGGAAUCAUCUGCUAUAGAGGCAGAUCAAGGAACUCUGGAAGAAGACAAUCGUUCUGAAAAAAAGAAUCGGGAAACAUCUUGGAACAGUUCAUUGGCUGAAAGCUAUGUGCCAGAAAUUGAAGUUGCUGAGAUAGCAUAUACUGCUGAUGAAGAGAUGUAAAUGCUGCCACCUGCUUUUACAGUAGUGUAAACAAGUCAAUGUGUUGAACACAUUGAAGAAAAGUAUAUAGUAGCUGUAAAGCAGAAGUUGAGAAGGCACAACUUGAAUUUUUACAUAAACCAAUCCAGAGAAACUUUUGGCAUAGGAAGGAUAUCAGUGCUGCUUUGACUCAGACAUUACCUAGCUUUUAGAGAGAGAUAUAUUAAUACAGUAUAUGAAAAGCUCUGGUUAAGGUCAGGUCAAGUUAUUCAUAGAAGGGUAAGUGAUGUAUAUAAUUAUAUGUACUUCUGUGUAAACCAUAAGUGUCACAUAUGUAGGUACCAAUCGUGGCAUGUUGUAUUAUCACACGCUUCCUGUUAAUAUCGCAUAUUUUGUAUGAGCGGCUUUUUGGUAUCUGGAUUUUCAGAUUUUUAUAUAGGCGUAACUUUUGCUCUGGAAAAUAUAAGUCUGCCAUCUGGCCUUAGAAAAAAUAUGAUUUGUUGUGGUUUUUAAAGUCAUAGAUGUAAAUAAGUAAUAUGUAAAUUUUAAUGCAAUAAACUAGGAAAGCUUGCAGUACCGGAAUUAAAUAUUUCAGAAAUGGAAGUGGGAUUGGUUUAUAUGAGGCAGAAAAAAUAUCAAUGAAGUAAACUGUAGACUUCAGACACACUGUGGAUAUUCACCUUCACUUGAAAACAAUUUAAAAGCUGAUUUAACGUUUAACUGUUUUUCUUUAAAUCCCAUGACAUCUUUGCCACACAGCCACAUAAUCACUAAAUAAAAACUUUGCCUUAUAUAAAGAACACUACCUCUUACUUUUGUUACUAAUGUCUAAGCACGUUGUUUAAAAUAUGUAUACUAUAAAUAGAUGUGUAUGUUAUAAAUAUGUGUUUAAGCCAUAUUUCUUUUGCACAGUUAAAUAAUUGGAUUAAAUGUAAUUGCAGUAUGUGUGUGUAUUUUAGAAUAUUGUACAACCAGGAAUGUGCUAUAAGCUUCAAAACACCCUUGUUUUAAAUGUAUCAAACCCAAAAAUGCACUUUAAAACAAACAUAAAAUCUUGUGCCAAGUUCAUUGGCUAUGUUUUUGUUGUUGUUGUUGGACCUCUGGACUGAGGAAAGGUGUGAUUGGUUUGCACUGUAGUGCCUUUUUGUAUUUUGCUUGUUACAGAGGUUAUAAUAGUGUGUGUUUGCUCUAUGGAAUCUUCAGAAACGUUCUGCUCAGCAGUUUGCUGAAAGUGCCUUGUUUUGUCUGCUCUUCAACUGGGAAGAAUGCCGCUUUUGUUUCUCUGUGCCACCCACUUCUUUGUUUACCCACAGUCUCAUGUGUUGGCAAUUUCAAUGGUUGCUUUGUAUUUUAGGGUGUAAGGGCAAACAUUUCUGUAGAACUGUAUAAAGCCAUCUGGGACAAAUAAACCUUUGAACAUGACAA